ACCUUCACCUCCCGGAAACUUAAGCCGGCGAAGGCAGAGCUAAGAAAGCCUCCACCUCCCGGUAACACAGCCGGCGGCGAUAGAGCUAUAUAAGCCUCCACCUCCCGGAAACGAGACCUAAUCUAACAAACCGACUUCACCACACCCACCCUCCUAUCGCAUCGUUACUCUAGACGCUGCGCCACCAUCCCCGAGAAGACAACGACGGACAUCAUAUAUGAUGUAUAUAGUUGAGAUAUUUGGAAGAUCCUUUUUUCAUAAUAUAUUUCAUUGUCUACUCCACGAGACAAGUUUGAAAUUAAGAAUACCAUGGAAAGAGAAUCUAAUAUUGUGAAGCUGUGCUUCACAGAAAACAAGAUAAAGAAAAGAAAAGAAAACAUGUCUAACUUUAAUCUUUGAAUGCAUAUUCAGUCAUGUCAUGACCCAUCCAUCAUCUUUCUUCGAAUCUCCUAUCUCACUGAACAUGUUUAAUUUGGAGUGGCCCUUUGUAUGUAAUAACUAUGCUUAUGAUCUCAUAUAUAUCUCUCCACUAGCCUUAUUUGAUUUUUGGCAUAGUCAGUUUUUUGUUUUAAUCCUUAAAAAAACCGUGGUAAUAGGAUGAUUAAAGGAGCAUCAGAUGGCAAUUUUUUGGGGUUUUGGGGACUAGUCAAUGAUCUCCCGAUUAUUAAAAACAAAACAUUUGCCAGUAGAGUUUGGAUAUCAAAACUUGCAUAAUCAAGAAAUAGGAGCAUGCAUGGUUGUUAUAGCAAAUUUCGUUUAACAAAUUAUACAUUUAAGAAUAGAGGAGUAAUUAAUAAUUUAAAAUGCUGCAAAUUGCAAAAUAUUGGAAGACCAUGCAUGUGUUAAGAUUCGGGGGCUAGGUGUAGGGUUUAUGUUUGCGUAGAUCUAAUAACGUGUGUGUUUAUGUACGGCCAUUUGCAAAAAUGAGAAAACAUUUAUUCUCAUUUUCUUAACAAAUUCUUUUUUUUUUAAUGAAAAAAGAUGAGACAAGAGCAUUGGCAGCUGGGGAUAAUUGGUAUGGCUUGAAUUAGAUAACUAAUAUAUUCGGCUUUGCUCUAUUUUUUUACAACGAGUGGUUAUUCUAUUAAUAAAUAAUUUAAAAUAGUCUUGGUAAACAAACUGAAAUAGAACAAAUAAUAAAAUAAAACUCUUUAUGGAAAGAUCUAGCAGUGCUCUAUAAAGAGUCACCGUUCUAUGUAUGUUUUUCUUGUAACAUUAAUUUAGACAAAGUUUAAUUUUCAUGUUAUAGAUUUUUACGGUAAAUUUUUCAUUGAUUUCAAAUUAAGGUUAUAGUUGCACCAUGUCCAUCCCAUUAAUUGAUAAAAUCAUGUGAAACAUAACAUAACCUUGUAAAAAAAACAUAAUCUAUACGGUGAAUUCAUUAUCUUGAAAUUUAUAAUAUGUUAUCAAUAAGUAACACUGUAACAGAUAUAUAAAAGGGAUUGAUAAACUAAGCAGAAAACCAAUCCAAAAGAAAGAUAUAAGGUGGAUGAAUUUAGAAAGAAAAGCAAAAGAAACAUGAAAAUAAAUAGAAACAGUUAAAACAUAAAAAGGAAGAAUGAGCUGGUAAAAAAUCAAGUAUUAAGGUUUGUUACAAAAAAAAAAAAACAAGUAUUAAGGUAAGAAAGUUCAUGAAUAAAGAGGCUUUGACAGCAUGAAAAGAGAAUGUAAGAAGUUAUCAACAAAGAAGAGUUUCACUAAUUAACUGUAAGUCUGGUGUCUUGUGUUAGGCUCGGCAAGCCCGAACCCAACAACUUGUAACAUCCCACACAAACUCAUCUCUAUAUAUAGACACUUCUCUUUGGCUAAAACUUGGUGCAAUACACACACACACACACACACACACUCUCAUAAUCCCUCCCAAACAACCCCAAAACUAACAAUAACUUGUUCUCUCAUGGCAUCAUCUGAUCCUCAGUUCUACACCGAUUUCACAUGUUCCGGCGAGACUUCUUCUCAGUUUCACGGCUCUUCUUCAUGUCCUGACAUCUCAGCUCUAUCCAACUACGUCGGCGAUGGUUUCAAUUCCUUCAACACAUCUUCUAACCAAGAAUCCACAUUUUUACCCCAAGUUUUGGGGAUUUCUGACGUUUUUGUGCCGAGGUACAUCAACUACUACCAGAAAAGGGGUGUGAAUAAUGCCACACAAUAUUUUCAUGGUGGAGACCAAGAAUACUACGGCUAUUCACCGGAGAUCAAGCCCUUGUUCUAUCAGUCCACUGGAGAGCAAUCUUGGCAGGGAAAUAGUGAAGGAGUGAUACAAGCUGAGCCGAACACAAAAGUGGGACGCUAUUCGGUUGAAGAACGUAAAGACAGAAUCAUGAGGUACUUGAAGAAGAAGAACCAACGCAACUUCAAUAAGACCAUCAAGUAUGUGUGUCGUAAAACCCUAGCUGACCGGCGUGUUCGUGUUCGAGGACGAUUUGCCAGGAACAAUGACACAUGUGAACAACAAUCUCACGAUCACAACCAUUCUGAAAAAGACGAAAAUAUGUUUUCUGGAUCAGACGACUAUCUAAUCCAGCAGAUGAAAAACGACGAUGGUUGGCUUCACGAAGCAAUGUGUAAUCUGAUUUAUUUUCCUUGUGAACUGGACCCUCCUAGUGAUGCUCAUCAUCCAAACAUAUGGAGCUGAUUAGUUUAGUUUAAUUAUAAGAAGCUUAAUUACUACUUUAUGAUAAAUUUGUUAUUAUAAUGUACUUAACUAUUCACGGGGUUAUAAUGAGCAUGAAGAUUCUGCCUAGUAAAUAUAUGAAAGAACUUCAUUUGAACAUCAUAGUGUCUUUGACGUGAGAGUAACUCAGCCAAUCUGAAUACAAGAGCAAGUUAUUCCUG